AUGAAACCAGAAGUGUUCCAGAAGGCACAAAAAUCGACAGAAUACGACGAGCCAAACCAAGACAUUACAACUAACAGAACGCAAGGUGAUGCAAAGCAGUCGGGUAGCUACUUGGAACUGGACAAAAUCUGGACACCUGCCUACUACGGCGACGAUAAGCAUGGUAUGGGCCACCGGUCUGGUCUGUAUUCUGAUGAACACGGCAACCUCAAGUUGACGGUGGGCAAGAAACACAGAACGUUUGACGUGAAGUGGAACGGGGAGAAGUACGAAGUGGAAAUCGAUGGCAGGAGGUUCACGGGAAGAUAUCUUUCAAAGCUGACAGAAGACGUCAACCGAGUGUUCCGAGGCGACGAGAGCAUUGUGACCACUCCCCGCAAAUGCGCAUCUCUCGUGUACCACCGCGAUUUGGUUAGCUGCGCUGGUGAUAUGCAAAUCAACAAGUCUUCGCUGGAAGUGCGUGAAAACGCCAUCGGCAAGGGAUCGUUCGGCGAGGUUGCAUUGGCAGACUACAUGGACUCCCAAGGGACAAAGUCGCAGGUGGCAAUCAAACGCGUAAGCCAAACAUCCCCUCACACCCUGGGCAGUGCAAUGGAAGUAGCCGUGCUGGCCAGCAUUUCAAAAACCCACAAAUUCAACCUCAUUAAACUGAUUGGUUGGUACCUGGACACGGACGCUCUGUGCAUUGUGACAGAAUACAUGCCUGGUGGUUGCCUCGCCAACUACUUGGAAGGCCUGUACAACAGCAGUGACCUCGUUCAACAAAGGGAAUUUCGCGGAUUCGUCAAGGAU